AUUUUAGUUCAAGCUGUGUUAAGUGAAUGGUACUAAAAUUAGACAAUCGUUCAGUAUUUCAGUUCAGUCACUGGCUAAGCUUUACGUAGUUUGAAGGCUUAACUGAGCCAGCAGUAAUGGAAUGCUUGACUCGAAUGCAUUAAAAUUAUCUGAAAGAAAAAUAGCCUGGCACAUUAAAAGUAACAAUGCCCUUUCAGCAAACACCGCAGUGCAGAACUAAAGAUCAGCCUGGGUGUCCUAAGUCUUAUUCACAUCAAAUAAAAGAACACUAGAGAAGACGUUUGACUGCUGUGUCCUAUGGACAGCUUGAAAUCCCUUGAAUCCAUCAUAAUCCUUUGUGAUUUACUCUUCUGAUAACACAUGAGUCUAUUUAUCUUGGCUGCUAUGAAACAACAACCAAAAUCAUGUGAUCUUUGGAACCCAUUUUGGAGAACUUUGACAGAAGGAUUGGUGAGUAGGAUGGUGGACCGCCUAAUGAACACAGAGAUCAAUACACAACGAAUUGUUGCAGUUGAAAAUUGCUUUGGAGCAACAGGUCAACCUCUGGUCUUGCAUGGCCGAGUGCUUGUGGGUGAAGGAUUAUUGACAAAAGUCUGUCGCAAAAAACCAAAACCCCGGAUGUUUUUCCUGUUUAAUGACAUCCUUGUAUAUGGAAGUAUUAUUAUCCACAAGAAAAAGUACACCAGUCAACAGAUAAUACCAUUGGAAGAUGUCAAUGUUGAAGACCUUCCAGACAAUGACAGUCUGAAAAAUCAAUGGAUGAUAAAAACUUCACGAAAAUCAUUCGUAGUGUGUGCUGCAACCCGCCCUGAGAAAGAGGACUGGAUGAAGCAUAUUAACAAAUGUAUCAAACAACUGCUGGAAAAGACAGGAAAGGCACCACCAACUGAACAUGCAGCCCCUUGGAUACCAGACAAGAUGACAGAAAUCUGCAUGCGGUGCACUCAAAAGAAGUUCAACACUUUAAUUCGCAGGCAUCACUGUCGGAACUGUGGCUUUGUGGUGUGCCAUUCUUGUUCAAAGCACAAGUUCCUCAUGCCCAAGCUGUCAUCAAAGCCUUUAAGGGUAUGCACAUUAUGUUACAAUAAAUUGAUGGAAGAGAAGGAUAAAAUUUCAACAUUAGAGAGAAAAGCAGAUGAGACCACUGAUCUGAAUGAUGAUGAAGGUGAUGACAAAUCCAGUGAUGAGGAGAAGGAAGAGCUGGGCCAGGAGCCACUCUUUUUAACAGAUCUCUCUUGGUCUUCUUUCCACACUUAGUCACAUACACAGCCAAUUAACUCAAUAAUAGCAUCAUGAAGUGAAAACAGGUCUCUUCCAAGCAAUUUUUCAGAGAAAUGUGUCACUACUUUUACUUCAUACUAACCAAUUUAAAAUGCUUAUUGAGCUUUGCACUAUAGUGCAUGUUUUUCUUUCUUGUUGUAUUCUAUACAAACUGGUUUUAACUGAUUUGCCAUUACCAUAAGGGAAUUUAUACAAUUUACCCAAUUCGUGGGCAGAGUUUGAUGCUCACACCCAUGGCGUGUUUUGAGACAGGGGUUAUUUAACUGAACAUAAAGUUCCCAGAUGGAGACGCCACUGGCUUCUCACCUCUGCCCUGAUUAUUUCCAGGGGAGACAAGUGGGAAAGCUGUCUACAAGCUUUCCUGUCCAAAUGCCAAUUGAAGUCCUUGCCAUUGAAAUCCAAAUUUCUAUACAAGAAGCCCAAAUGUUGUUUUUAGGGGCUCCCAGAGAGCGAUCUAUCAUUAGGAGGGACCCAGAGACCUGACAAUGAGAAGGGAGGCAGCAUGAUGUUUUUGAAAGUCAUUCCACCUUUCUUUCUUCUAAAUCCACUCAGAUGAAAGUCAUUGAUCCUGUUUCUGCAACUCCUGUUUUACUCUUGUUCACUCCUAUCCUGCAUCCCAUGCUGAUUUAAUGGAUGCACAGCUGGCAACCCCCAGUGUGUCUCCAGUAACAUUGAUGAUAAUGUAGAAUUGCUGACCUCUGUUUGGUUGGAAACUCUUGGGUGGAGUGGGACCUCCACCUCUGGAGUAAGCUGUGCCAUAUUAAAUUCUGCCUCAUAUCUCCGUACACAAACACUGUACGUAUACCCGUUAUUGUGUUUAAUCCUGAAUGUCACAUUCCAUGAAGCCAUCUGGUUGGGCUCCUGAUGAAUUAGUUAGCUGAUCUCAACUUUGGGGACGGUCAAAGUAUGAUAAUUUGUCUCUGCACCUCUGAUAAGGGAGCAGAAAAUCAAUGAAAAUGGAGCAGAAAAUCAACAAAGGUUUCUACUCUUAAUCAAAUGAGGAUGAAAUCAGACUUAAACUUGAAUUUGACAAUAGCCAAUAUCAGCUAUUCUCCGUGUUUACAUAUGAAUACUUGUUCCUCAGCUCCUGGGCCACCAAACGUGCUUCAGGUUUGACCUCUGACAAGAAAGAAAAGACGGUGGACAAAUUUAUAAAAAUGGAACCAAUGCACAUCGCCACACCAUGCACUGCAACAGUCCCAAAAUAAUUAGACUUAGAACUUUUCAACAUUUAUAUUGCUUCUGGAAAACUUAGUACAAGUUUUGCGUCAUGUAGCAUUUGCAAUUUGUAACAUGGUCAAGUAACUUUAUGUUAUGUCUAUGAGAUUUCUGAAUAAGUGCAAUUGUAUGUCUACAUUUAGAACAUAAUCAUUGUACAAAGUCUACAAAUCACUCAGAAUUAUAUUAAAGCUCUGUCACCUUUGAUGAAACAAGAAA